AUUCCACACGCUUACUUUCGAGCCUUGACGAUCAAAAAUCCAAUCUUUCUCUGCCCUUGCUCUCUCUCUCUCUUUCUCUCUCCUUCCUUCGAUCUCUCUCUCCAAAUCGCAAAAUCUCCAGAAACCCGUUUUGAGGAAAAAAUAUUUUAAUCUGCCAUCGAUCCCAUGCAAAUCAAUUGAGACGAUAAAAUACCCAGAAAAGAGAACUCUUCGAAGAAAGAAAUGUAUAGCAAUUUCAAAGAACAAGCGAUAGAGUACGUUAAGCAAGCGGUACAAGAAGAUAAUGCGGGCAACUACAGCAAAGCCUUUCCUUUAUACAUGAACGCACUCGAGUAUUUCAAGACCCAUUUGAAAUACGAGAAGAACCCCAAAAUCAGGGAAGCGAUUACCCAGAAAUUCACAGAGUACUUGCUUCGGGCAGAGGAGAUCCGUGCCGUUCUCGAUGAAGGUGGGCCUGGACCGGCUUCUAAUGGCGAUGCUGCUGUUGCCACGCGCCCUAAAAGUAAGCCCAAGGAUGGUAGUGGCGGUGGAGAAGGCGGUGACGGGGAGGAUCCGGAACAGGCUAAGUUGAGAGCUGGGCUUAAUUCGGCUAUUAUUAGGGAAAAGCCUAAUGUCAAGUGGAAUGAUGUAGCUGGGUUGGAAAGUGCUAAGCAGGCUUUGCAAGAAGCUGUUAUUUUACCUGUCAAGUUUCCUCAGUUUUUUACUGGAAAGAGAAGACCAUGGAGAGCUUUUCUGUUGUAUGGGCCACCUGGUACCGGAAAGUCAUACUUGGCCAAGGCUGUUGCAACUGAAGCAGACUCUACAUUUUUUAGUGUUUCUUCAUCAGACCUUGUGUCGAAGUGGAUGGGGGAGAGUGAAAAGCUGGUUUCAAACCUUUUUCAGAUGGCUCGCGAUAGUGCUCCUUCCAUCAUAUUCAUUGAUGAAAUAGAUUCCUUGUGUGGCCAGCGUGGAGAGGGCAAUGAGAGUGAAGCGUCAAGACGUAUCAAAACUGAACUUCUUGUGCAGAUGCAGGGUGUUGGACAUAAUGAUCAGAAAGUCCUAGUUCUUGCAGCAACGAAUACUCCCUAUGCACUUGAUCAGGCCAUCCGCCGGCGUUUUGAUAAGCGCAUUUACAUUCCUCUCCCAGAUUUGAAGGCUCGGCAACAUAUGUUCAAAGUGCAUUUAGGUGAUACUCCUCACAACUUGACUGAAAGUGAUUUUGAAAACUUAGCUCGCCGGACAGAGGGGUUUUCAGGGUCCGACAUAUCUGUUUGUGUUAAGGAUGUUCUUUUUGAACCUGUUCGUAAAACCCAAGAUGCCAUGUUUUUCUACAAGACACCUAAUGAUAUGUGGAUGCCAUGUGGACCAAAGCAACCAGGUGCUGUCCAAAUUACCAUGCAGGAAUUGGCAGGCAAAGGACUUGCAUCACAGAUCCUUCCGCCUCCUAUUUCCAGAUCAGAUUUUGAUAAGGUGCUUGCAAGACAGAGGCCAACAGUGAGCAAAGCUGAUCUUGAGGUCCAUGAAAGAUUUACAAAGGAGUUUGGAGAGGAAGGCUGAUGGAUUGCUGAAAUUGUCACAUUGAUCUACACCAGUUGUGAGUGCAAUCACUGUGAUUUGUAUUUAAUUAAUAACUGCUGGAUCAUCCAAAGAAUUGUCUCUCUAUUAGCUUCAUCAAUCGGGGAAGGUGACUUGACUUCCCUUUUUCCUGUAUUCAAGAAGGACGAACGUUUGACACUUAAUUGAAUUGCUUGUCUUUUACCGUGUAAAGAAGAUUACUAAGAAAUUUGGCUUAAAAAUGCUUGAUUAUGAGUUGUGCU